AUGAAGACGCUCGGAGCAGUUGAACUCCAAGAGGCGGAAGAAGUCCUUAGGAAACAACUGCCGAAGAGUUUCAAGGUGUAUGGCUUCUUGCACAGCAUUAACAGGGGCAAACCCACAACACUGGAGGUUGUUGUGGAUUCUUGGCCAGAUUUUAAAGUAAUCAUUUGCAGACCUGACCUCACAAAUAAGCGUGUGAUGGAUUACACAUUAAAGGUGACAAUCUUCAGCACGGAUGAGCAGAUCUUCAGGACAAUGUUGAUGCAGGGACAAGCUGUUGACUGGAGCCUUAACUUCUUAUUUGCAGGCCUCGAUGUUUCCAAUCUACAGAUGAUCAGAGACGUUUCUGCCAGUAAAGGCGUGAACCUGAAAACCUUCACAAACAUAGCAGUUCAUUUGUUGUUUUUGUCCGACAUCAGUGAUCUGAACUCACCGUCGAUCGCUGGAGUCAAGGAUCGCAUCUCUCGACAUGUCACAUAUCGAUUUGGUGAACAACACGAUGACCAGGGCCAGCCGGUGUCAUGGAUCCUGGUGUACGACUACUUGUCCAUAGGGAUACUCCACACUCUGCCUGAACACAGAAGGAAAGGUUACGCUAAAGUCCUGUGUGGAGAGAGGAAGCCGAUGGCUGCUGGGACAGAGCACCAGGCUCCUUUGUUCUCUGCUCUUGGGUUGAUGAAGAUUUCUGCGGUUUGCCAGAGGUCAGCGAAGGGGGGGGACUAUGCCAGGGAGCGCUGCCGGGGUUUAAUCCGAGGAUAA